AUACAUAUACAUGUGGACUCUGUGUUCGUUGAUUGAUCUUCUUCUGCUAAAUCUGAACUUCCUUCCGACAUUGUUUCUGUAUUCUUCUGUCAUCUUCUUCUUCUGUUUUAGAUCUCCAAAACGCUCAUAAAUCAGGGAAGAAUUCCGAAUUUGCUUUUGAAUUUGUCGAUCUGAAAGCUUUUUUUUUUUUUUUGAAAGUGAUGAACUGAUUGUUUAUAUUUGAUGUCACAGUGACCUCAGUAUUAAAGAAUUCGGACAAAAGUUGUUUCUUUUUAUAUUAUUUUGGUAUUUUGGGUGUUGUUUUUGCUUCAGAGUCAACUGGGUCCGGAAGGAUUUCUGGUUUUGAAAAAUAAAAAUGUAAAAAAAAAACCUUUUUCUUGAUUCCCUCAAAUCCUUUUUUUCUCGCCCUUUUUCCUCCUUCCUUUUUGUCCUCUUUUUUGAGAUACUGACAAGAACUUGCAUUUGGUCAAAAUUGAAGCUUUUGUAUUCUGGGUCUGAGUUAAAUUAGGGUUUCCUUUUGGUUUUUUGUUUUACCCUUUCUGAAAUUUUUGGGAAUGAGAAAAUUUUGGCUUCAAAUGUCAAAGGGAUGGCCUGAAAAUUUGGGGACUUUCUUGUCCUGUUCCUUCAAUCUCUCUCAUCUAAUAGCAAUUUUUUUUCUAGAGAGAGAAUCAGAGGUUUCUGGAUGAAGGGCCGAGUCAUAUCAUAUUUCCUCAUACGGCGUUGUAUUUGAAAAGGAGCCACCUUUCUCUUUCUUUCUGCUCCCGUUCCAAAACACACCAAAAAAGAUUGCAUUUUUUUUUCUGGGCAUUGCUUGAAAGCGUCAGAAACUUGAUUAACAAGCAACAGAAAUCGAACAGAAGGAAAAAAAAUCUUGUCGCUUGGUGAUACUGACACCCUCAGAGAGCUAAAUCCACCAUUAGAGAAAAGGUUCUUGCUUUGUAAUGAUGAGUUUUGAGGGUUUCAACAGUAUCAGCUGUAACAAUACGAACAGUUCGGCUGUUGUUUCAGCCACUGUGCCGAGUUCUGUCGUUUCCCUUCUUCCCGUUAGAGGGAAAAUGAAUGGACAUGGUGAUAUUGGUCUGGGUGGAGAGAGUUUCGAUCCGGGUUUUCUCGGGAGACUUAGAGAUGAUGAGUAUGAGAGCCGGUCGGGAAGCGACAACUUCGAUGCUGUGUCCGGUGAUGAUCAAGAAGCCAGAGGACAAGACAAAGGCCGGAAGAAGAAGAAGUACCAUAGGCACACUCCUCACCAGAUUCAAGAACUCGAAUCAUUCUUCAAGGAGUGUCCUCAUCCCGAUGAGAAGCAAAGGCUGGAACUUAGCAGAAGGCUUGCUCUGGAGACUAAGCAAAUCAAGUUUUGGUUUCAGAACAGAAGAACCCAAAUGAAGACACAACUGGAACGACAUGAAAACGUAAUCCUCAGACAAGAAAAUGAGAAGCUUCUGGCUGAGAACGAUUUGCUGAAAGAGGCAAUGAGAAGUCCGGUAUGCAAUGCUUGCGGCGGGCCGGCUGUUCCGGGCGACGUCACGUACGAGCAGCAGCAUCUUAGGUUCGAGAACGCCAGACUGAAGGAUGAAUUAGCCCGUAUUAGCAGUUUAGCGAACAAGUUCCUCGGUAGACCGGUUUCGUCCUUGGUCGGUCCACCCCCUCAGCCAUCUGGCUUAGAUGUCUCGAUCCUGGGACUUGCAACGGGAAUAAACGGCGGAAUUAGCUCAGAUAUACCGUUAGGCAUCGAUUUCGGCGACGGGCAUUUGAUGAAACCCCCGGGAGGGAACGACAUCGUUUACGAGAGAUCGAUGUUUGUGGAUCUUGCCUUGAAGGCAAUGGAUGAGUUGAUUAAGCUGGCGGACCCGGACUGUCCACUCUGGAUAAAGAACACUAACAGUGAGAAGGAAUCACUAAACCAUGAUGAAUAUAGAAGUGUAUACGCCGGCGCAACUUGUACCAGAAAUCCUGGAUUUGCAGCCGAAGCUUCGAGAGAAACCGGUGUAGUACUUAUCAACAGCUUAGCUCUCGUCGAGACUCUGAUGGAUGCGAACCGAUGGACAGAGAUGUUUGAAUCAAUUGUUGCUAGAGCAUCGACCAUCGAUGUGAUAUCCAGCGGUACAGGUGGAUCCAUGAACGGAUGUCUUCAACUGAUGCAAGCAGAGUUUCAAGUGAUAUCUCCAUUAGUUCCGACAAGACAAGUGAAGUUUCUUAGAUACUGCAAGCAACACGCAGAUGGCUUAUGGGCGGUGGUCGAUGUUUCUUCCGACAUUAACAGAGACGGUCCAAACUUGCAGUCUUAUGGUGGCUGCAGGAGGCUCCCCUCAGGCUGCAUUAUACAGGACAUGGGCAAUGGUUAUUCCAAGGUUACAUGGGUAGAGCACUCGGAAUACGACGAGAGUAACGUUCACCAUCUUUACCGCCAGUUACUGAGCUCGGGUCUUGGUCUCGGCGCUCAAAGGUCGCUCGCCACUCUGCAGAGACAAUGCGAGAGUUUCUCGGCACUUCUGUCUUCUCUCAAUCCCACCGACAAUCACUCAGGUUUGACCCCUGCCGGAGCCAAGAGUGUACUGAAGCUAGCUCAGAGGAUGGGGUUCAACUUCUUUGCGGGAGUUUCCGGGUCGUCAGUGCGGAAAUGGGAGAAGCUUCCGGUGGCAAACGUGGGCGAGGACAUGAGGAUACUGACCCGGAAGAACGUGAGUGACCCGGGCGAGCCAUCGGGCGUGAUCCUUAGCGCGGCUACAUCCGUCUGGAUACCUGUGGCUCAGCACAGGCUCUUCGACUUUCUCCGCGAUCAGAACUGCAGGAACCAGUGGGACAUUCUGUCCAACGGAGGUACGAUGAACGAGAUGGUCCGCAUACCGAAGGGACGGCAGCACGAUGGAAACUCCGUCUCUCUUCUCCGUGCCUCCCAGGGGAUAGAUCAAACGGAGAGCAGUAUGCUGAUACUGCAAGAGACAUGGACAGACCCAUCUGGUGCAAUGGUAGUGUACGCACCGGUGGAUGUAUCGUCGAUGAAUGUGGUCAUGAAUGGCGGAGAUUCUGCAUACGUGGCACUCCUUCCGUCUGGAUUCUGGAUAUCGCCAGAUGGGUCGAAGGGUAAAGUGAAGAACGAGGUCGAUGGGAACACCACCACCUCCACCAGCAACAACAAUGGCGGAUGUAUACUAACAGUAGGGUUUCAGAUUUUGGUGAACAGUCUACCGAACGCGAGACUGAACAUGGAAUCGGUGGAUACAGUGAACAACCUCAUCUCUUGCACCAUUCACAAGAUCAAAGGCGCUCUUCUUCAGUAGCUUUUGCCUAAAGUUAACCAUCUUUCCUUUCCUUUCCUCUUUUCUGUUCACCUUUUUUUUUGGAGCUAAAGAUAACGGAAGAUGAGUCAAGAACGAACCAUUGGGGGGUCUGUUGCGUGUUCCUCGAAUGUUUCACGAUUUUUGGAGGAAACGAGAGUUUAACGUUCUGUUUCAUGUCUUCUGUCUGAAACUCGGUGGGGGUGUGGUUCGGGUAUUGACUCGUUCUUGGAUGCCAUUAAGCUUUAACCCUUUAGGGCAAGUUUUUCCUGUUUUUUUUUUUUUAAUUUUCGACAAACAGUUAAGUAAGAUUUUGGGAAUUUUAGAUUAGGGUUUUUGGAGUAUGAGACUUUUGUAUGUUGUUGUGACUUUGUGAUGAAUUCGAGCAUUGUUUCUGUUC